AUGGCAGCAACCGCACAAGGCCACCAGGUCCACCCAGAAGGUCGGACAUGGAAGAAUCACUUCCCCAAGGGUGAUCUCUGGGUAUUCGGUUACGGGAGCUUGAUUUGGAAGCCACCACCACAUUUCGACCAGCGUGUUCCUGGGUAUAUCAGCGGUUAUGUACGGCGGUUUUGGCAGUCUGACAUGACGAUCCUUUUUUUUGGAAUCCAGGCUAGUACCGACCACCGCGGCACCCCAGAACAACCUGGUAGAGUAGUCACCGUGAUUGAGAGAGCCUUCUGGGAGACAUUAGACGACCCGCUCGCACAUCAAGAAUCUGAAUCUGAAUCUACAGGGAAAGUCUGGGGCGCAGCAUACCACAUUCCUGCUUCACAUGCAGAAGAAGUACACGACUACCUAGACGAGCGGGAGAUAGACGGCUACAGCGCGCACUACACGCCCUUCCACCCAACUAUUCAUGUCGACAGCGCGACAGACUCAUCGCCAAUCAUCUGCAUGGUGUACAUUGGCCAACCGUCUAACCCGCAAUUCCUGCGCGAGACUGCCCGGCGGGAGCCGCAAGACGUGGCGCAGGUUAUUAGUGCGGGUCAUGGUCUUAGUGGGAAGAAUACCGAGUAUUUGUAUUUACUGGAGAAGGCGCUCGAGGGACUUGGGCUAGGUACUGCUGAUGUUCAUGUCACGGAUUUGGUGAAGCGGGUCAAGGCGAUUGAGACGGAGGGGCUGGGUGAGGCUGAAGAAAGGGAGGCUGAGCUUGAGGUGACUAAGUCGCUGGAGGGGGCGGCUGCGGCGCCUGCUGAGGUGGAUGGUCGGGAUACUAUUGAGUAA